CCAUCCUCUCUUCAAACAUCAGCUCUUCAAUUCCUCCGAGUCUUAUUAGAAUAGAGCCCGCUCACCCUGCCUCAUUCAAAAACCUUCUUAUAUAAAUAUAAUGGCAUCGAGUUCAAUGUCAUCUUCAGGGUCAUGGAGUGCUAAAGACAAUAAGGCCUUUGAAAGGGCAUUGGCGGUCUAUGAUAAGGACACCCCUGACCGGUGGUACAACGUUGCUCGCGCCGUUGGCGGAAAAACUCCCGACGAAGUUAAGCGCCACUACGAACUUCUCCUCCGAGAUGUUGGCUACAUAGAAUCUGGGCAAGUGCCAUUUCCAAAGUACAAGACAAAUGGAGGCUCUAAUUAGCUCAAAAGAG